UCAUCUUCGGGGUCUCGGUCGAAGCAAGUGGUUGGGUCGGUCUCGGCAUCUCGCCAUCGGGUUCGAUGGUCGGUGCGGACAUGGUUGUCGGUGGCGUGGUCAGAGGGGAGGUGUAUUUCUCGGAUCGGCAUGGUGGGAGUGAGAACGGGUUCCCAGAAGCGGAUGGCGACGGAACGCUGUGGGUGCUGGAGGGCGGGAGCGAGGAGGGCGGGCGGACGAUGCUGCAGUUCUCGCGAGCAAUUGGGGCAUGUAAUGCAGAUGAUGUGGCGAUCGAAGCUGGGACGUCGCAGGUGGUGUAUGGCUACACGUUGACGGCCGACGCGGACAGCUCGUUCUCGCCCGGCGUGUUUGUAAGCACGAUGUGAGCGGCACGGCGUCGGUCAACCUGCUCACAGCCGGCCAGGGUACAGCAGCAUUACCGGAUGGUGCGGCCACGGGUGAGCUCCGCGCCGGCGGCGUGUUUGUGGGCGGGGCGACGACGACAAUGUACGGGUGCUCGGGAGGCAAGCUCCCGGGCGACAUCAAGUACCAUUUGAUCGGAUACACGCCUGUCAUCCAGCCGACGAGCAACCAUGGACGGGUCCACCAUAUGGUGGUAUACGCGUGCCCAAAGACGAUGGCGAUCAAUGAGACAGCGUUUCUGGGGUGGCGGGGCGACUGCAACCGCGAUGCGAGUAUGCCGGCGGAGAUGGCGCGGUGCAAGGAGGUUGGGCAGCCGAUCAUGGGCUUUGGGGUCGGCGGCGGCGGGGUGCGGUUCCCAGCGCAUGUCGGACUUCCGUUUGGGCUCGGCGAGAUAGCGUACGUAGUGCUGGAGAUCCAUUACGACAAGAUGCAACCAGAGAUGUUUGUGGACAACUCGGGGAUCGACUUUCACUACAUGGCGUCGUCGGGAGAGCGGCAGGACGCGGGUGCGUUCUGGACGGGCGCGGUGGGCUUUGUGGUCCCGCCGGGCCAGGCCGCGUUUGGCGUGGACGGAGUGAGCGCGAGCGAGUGCAGCGCGAGCGUGUUUCCGCCGCAGGGAGUGAGCAUCUUUGGCGCCUUUCCGCACACCCACUUGCUCGGACGGAGCGUGGUGGGCCGGCAUGUGCGGAACGGGACGGAGUUGGCGCCGUAUGCGUGGAACCCGCACUUUGACUUUAACUUUCAGGCCUUUGAGUGGCCCGCGGACGAGAUCCGUGUCCUGCCGGGCGAUGAGCUUCAUGUGCGAUGCGAGUACGACUCGCGCGGGCGGAGCAGCGCGACGAUGGAGGGGCCAUCGACGCAGCACGAGAUGUGCCUCGUCUCUGUGCUCUACUACCCUCGGGCGGCGCUGACGACUGCAGUUCAGACGACCGAGUACGAGGUGGUCUUGCCAGAGUUUGCAGCGGCGCUCGAGGCCGGCGAUGCGAGUCUAGAGGUGGCGCGGGUGCGGCGAGCGAUGGAGGCGUACCGCAACAAGACGAGCAGGGCCAGCGGCGACGACAGCAUCGAGCCGCUCCGCAACCUCCGGAUUGCGGCGUUCCUCAGCGAGGCCGGGGUCACCUGGAGCGCACUCCAGGUGGCACUGUGGAAGGAGGCGAUGGCAGCUACUGAGGCGAGCGGGCGGGUGACGGCGUGCUUCGACGGGGCGGUGCCGCAGGUGUGGCCGUUGCCGUCUGCGCACCUCCCUCUUGUGACGACGCACUACACGCGGCCACAAAGCUGCGGACAGACACCUGUGACUACGCCGAGCAUGGGCGAUGCGCUCCAGCUCGACCGGCACCCGGGAACGUCGCGAUCGGCCGUCCUCGGCUCUGUCAUCCUCGCCUUGGCGCUCUGCUCGGUCUUCACCUGCGCGUUUGUGGCAGGAGUCUUUACCAGUGCGCGGCCCAAGUCGAGCAUAGACGAGGGAGCAGUUGAGCUCGAGCGUCGGCGGUCCGAGUUUAUGGAGCGAGUGGCAUCCGAGAGCGUGGCAUCGUCGAUGGGCCAGACGAGAAACACGCUGCUGGAUCGGGUGGCGUUGGUGGGUUCGCUGCCGGAGCCUGCACCGCCGGUGUCGGAGCUGAACGCCUACUUUGUCAACUUUUUCCGCGCACACACAUCGUCCGAAGAUGCCAAGGGCUCGUCGGGCUUGCUGCUGACGUUUGAGAGCUCUGUGCUUGUGGUUGUGGAGCACGCGCCCGAGGUUGUGGCGGCGUUGCUUCGCGAGCUGGCGGCGGGAGUGCCGUCGUCGACAACCGAUGCCGAGGGCGAGACGGCGCCGCUGCUGGUGGGCGUCCGCCUGCUGGCGUUGGUGGAGGAUAUUCCGCGGAGACGGUUCCCGCUGUUUGCGGUGCGGGCGGUGACGCUCUCGCGGGCAGAGCGGUACGAUCUCGAUCUCGACGAUGCUGUGGGUGUGGCGUCAACGACGUACGUUGCGCUGCUUAAGCUCGGCGACGUGCUUACGACCGAGUACGACAAGGGUUCGGACGCGCUGUCGCGGGCGCUCGACUCGCUGCGGAGCAACGAGGCGACAUCCAAGCUCAUUCCAGUCACCUCGAGCAUGAAUGUCCUCCUCUCCUCCUCGGCGCUCUGUACGCUCGACGAGUACAUGGAGAUCUACGAGGCGCCCGUCGACAUUGCCCUCGACUCGGAGCUCCAGUAUCCGCCCCCGUUUGAUGGCUGGUGGUUCCACCUGUUGUAGAUGAAUGAAGACUGGGCGAGCACA